UGGAGACAUUACCAUUGAGUUCAUAGCACCAUACCAAGAGGAUGGCAAAAAUCGAAAUUAAGAGGGGAAAGAGAGGGUGAUUUAGAAAGGUGGAUGACAUCACUUGUCUUCGUAUAAAAAACGCUGUUAUAUUAUUAUUAGGGCAAAUAAAAAGAGAGGAGAAAAAGACGGAAUCUCACACAUUUCACUAACAAGCAUUUGGUAGCGAGAGAUUGGGAGAGAGAAUCAAACCUCACAACCCUUUCUCUCUCUCUCUAACUUUGCUUUCUUCUCCCCAAAAACCAAAACCAAAAUCUCUUCUUCUCCAAACCUUCGAUCUCUCUCUCCCUUUCUCUCCAAUGGCGUUCUCCGAUAAAUCAUCGCGUCAAUCUCUAAUCCCUAGCUACCUAUACUCUUCCACCUCCACUAAGGCCAUGGCCGUCGAGAGAAUCCUCCAGGCUCGCCCUACCACCGCCGUUUCACCAUCGGUUUCCGACGUCGAAGCUGUUGCUGUUGCUCCAAGGAAAGCUUUCGUUGUUCCUUCUCCAGCUGAGUCUGGUAGGAAGAUCGAGAUGUACUCUCCCGCUUUCUACGCCGCCUGUACUGCCGGUGGAAUCCUUAGCUGUGGACUUACUCACAUGGCUGUUACUCCUCUUGACCUUGUCAAGUGUAAUAUGCAGAUUGACCCUACCAAGUACAAAAGUAUUACAUCUGGUUUCGGGAUCCUCCUCAAGGAGCAAGGUGUCAGGGGAUUCUUCAGGGGUUGGGUGCCUACUCUACUUGGUUACAGUGCUCAGGGUGCUUGCAAGUUUGGAUUCUAUGAGUUUUUCAAGAAGUACUACUCUGACAUUGCUGGGCCAGAGUAUGCUGCCAAAUACAAGACUUUGAUCUACCUUGCUGGUUCUGCAUCUGCCGAGGUGAUAGCAGAUAUUGCUCUCUGCCCAUUUGAGGCUGUGAAGGUCCGGGUUCAAACUCAACCUGGAUUUGCUCGUGGUUUGUCAGAUGGACUUCCCAAGUUCGUGAGAUCUGAAGGCGCACUAGGAUUGUACAAGGGAAUUGUUCCACUCUGGGGUCGUCAAAUACCAUACACUAUGAUGAAGUUUGCAUCCUUCGAAACCAUCGUUGAGAUGAUCUACAAGUAUGGUAUUCCUAGACCAAAGGACCAAUGCAGCAAAGAACUUCAGCUCGGUGUGAGUUUUGCCGGUGGAUACGUUGCUGGUGUUUUCUGUGCUAUUGUGUCUCAUCCCGCUGACAAUCUCGUCUCUUUCCUUAACAACGCAAAGGGAGCAACUGUUGGUGAUGCUGUAAAGAAGAUUGGUAUGUUGGGUCUCUUCACCCGUGGACUUCCUCUCCGUAUUGUCAUGAUCGGAACUCUCACCGGAGCCCAAUGGGGUAUCUACGACGCAUUCAAAGUUUCCGUGGGACUGCCAACAACCGGUGGUGUCGCUCCUGCUGCCCCAGCUGCAACCGAGCUAGCAAAGGCGUAAAAAUAUGAUUAAAUGGUGACGAAAUCAUAUAAUAGUGGUUUUUAUUUUAUUGUUUCAUGUAACUGAGAUAAGAAAACAUCGUUUCAAGGAAUUAAAAAUAAACAUAGGGGGGAGGGGUUUGGUGGUGGUGGGUUGCUGAAGCCUGCUGAUCUGCUUGAAUGGUGGUUCUCAAGGGAGUAAUCUUUUGAAAUGGGAGGUUCUCUCCAAUUUUUCGACUUUUUUGUUUUUCUAUUUUUUAAAUUUUAUCUCUUUUUCUUUUUUUUCAGAAGGUAGUUUUGUUUCUCAUCCUUCUGAGAAAAAAAAAAAAACUCUAGUUUUAGGUCAAAUAUGAAAUUUGGAGUUUUCAUGUCAGGAUUAUUAUUUUGGCCCCCUCUUAGAUUGUAGGCAAACAAGAAAAUAAGGGGAAAUAUGGGGGUGAUUUGUUUUCUGUUAAAUUAAGCUUGGUUUGGCAUGGUAUCUAUGCCUUUUUCUUUAUGUUUCUCUCUGAAAUUCAUUUUGAAAAUGUUAUUAAUUUUGACUCUUA